GAUGCUGGUCUCAUUUUGCUCCGGUUUUGGUCACGGGAUGUGGAUGCCGCUCUCGGUGAUGACCGCGGUGUGCGUCCUGAUGGACGCCGCUGUGCAUAUCCGGGUUGGUGCAGCCGUGGCCAGUGCCGAGGACGCACUGGAGGUAACGUUUAGCGAGCGGACUCGUGCCGACUGGGAGAAGGUUUGGCACCAGGAAAAUCACUCCCGCUGUCGCGAAAAGUUGAUCCGGCAUCUGUAUUGGGCAUGUGAGAAGGAUAUUUACCGAAUUUCGAGGCGAAACGAGUACAAAGAUGAGACACUCCAGAGUCCUGACAAACGAGCCAAUGUUUUACCUUUUCUGUCCCGCUGGACCAUCAGUGCGGAGCAGGCGCAGAGCUUUUUGCGCACUCGCAGAACCGGUAAGCGUCGCUCGGGUGGCUCCAUCACGGCCGAAUGCUGCACUCGAGUCGGCUGCACUUGGGAGGAGUAUGCGGAGUAUUGUCCCUCGAAUAAGCGCAUUAAUCGUUACUGAAGGUGGAUGGCUUUCGGAUGAUAUAACACUGUGCUGUGCUGUUGCGAAGAACUGUUGGUGUUGAUGGCGUGUACUUAAAAUAUAUUUUGGGAUUGAUGCAAAC